AUGGCCGCAGCGGAGACUAGCACCGCCGACCAGCGAUGCGAGCCUCCACCUGCUUUGGCCGUGCCCCGUGAGCUGCACGUUGGCCAUCUCCAUCACCCUUCGCCGGCCGCAGGAGGCGGCUCUGCUCUCACGGGCGCAUACCCGUCGUCUCCGUACCACCCAGGCCCGAGGCUAAAGCAAUGUCAAGCCAAGGCCGUGGAAGCCGCUUCGGGCUGCGGUGGCACCACUCGUGAGCCAAGUCACCCGCGCCACGGGAGCGCCCAUGUUACGCGACUGUUACGUUUGCACCAAGUACAGGUACCACCUGCCGUUGCCGCGCAGGAGAGUGAGGUGGCGGUACCUUCAAGGCGCGUAGAGCUGUCUCCGGCCGUCUGCCUGGUGCUCCGGGCGACCUUGCCUGCCGGUUUUCGACCGGAGACAGCGCCGCCAACGACCGCAUCUCCCGAUCACACUCCCUCAUCUUGUCUCGUCGGCCGUCAGGCCGCUCGCGAAUCACGGACAGGUGGACGACCAACGACUGGACGCUCACCGCAUGAGUUGCACAUGCUACGUGCGAUGGCGCGCUUUGAUGUGUUUGAGAACUCUCCUGGGGACUUUUCGGCUGCGCUGCCGCCGCACGAUGCUUCAAAGGCCUAUCGCCGGCUAGCCUUGCAUGCGCUCCACCGUCGAGCAGUUCGCCCGCACGUCCGUGAACCUGGGCGAGUUCACAAUGCCCCGUUGCAGCCCGCCCGUACCGGCUGGGGCGCUCGGUUGAUGCCGAUGUCUGAGACUUGUUCUCGACAACAACCCGACACAAUUACCGUCAAACAAUGGCGCACUGUCGCAACUUGA